CCUUCUCAUACCACAGUAAGAUACCAUUCCACCAACAAAAACAAUCACAAUAUCAACUUCCCAAGUUCUUUGCACAAUUCCAAUACGAUUUUCAACUUCAACAAAUACUUUAGAAGCAAGCAAACAACAGCAAUCAUGUCUGACAAGAACACCUCCACUCUCCAAUCCUACAUUGACUCUGCUAGCGGUGCAGUCCAAUCCGCCGUCGGUAGCCUAACUGGCAGCAGCGCUGACAAGAACGCCGGGCAAGAGAAGAAAGACCAAGCCCAGCUCGAGAACGACGCCUCACACGCAACGGCCAAAGUUGGGAACUACUCUGCUUCAUCCACAGGUGCCGUCACCAAAGAUGAUCCGAACCGCAGCACGGGCUCCUGGAACCAGACUCUUGGAUCCGGGAAGGAAUUCCUUGGUGGUCUUGUAGGCUCUGAAAAUCUCAAACAACAAGGCCAGCGACAAAACGCCGAAGGGAAAAGUCAAGAAGCUAAAGGCCAGCUCAACGACCUCGGCUCCGGCGUCAAAGACCGUGUCAGUGGUGCCGUCGGCGGAGCCGUUGCUGGCAUCACCGGUGAUCGGGAGGCACAGUUAGAGGCGCAGGAUAAGCACGAUGCUGGGAAGACGCAGCAGCGGGGCGCGGAACAUGAUAUCCAGAAACAGAAUGAAUGAAUGAAUGAGCCUCUGGUUAGGAAAGAUUGGGAGGGUUGAUGAUACGAUACCAUAAAUGAUAUGCUUUUCGACGAGUUUUGGGUUCUAGCGGUACAUAAAAAUUGGAUGGUUUUACGGCGGGUUUGCUUGCUUUGUAAAUGGUAACUCGUUUUGAGGACAUAGAUUGGCUUGCUAGUCCUUAUGAAUUUUGAAAUUUGCCGUCUUUCU